GCAUAGUUCAUGAACUCAUGAACAGUUGGCUAACAAUGGAGUUUCAGUAUAUCAUUAAAUAUUGUUGAACAUAUAUAUGAAUUUGGGCAGUGCUAUUUGAUACUGAUUUAAGUCUAAGCCUGCGUUCGACAUUAUGGCUCCGCCUCUGGCACGCUCCGCUCCUGGUGAGCUCAAUCAUUGGUGGGGCCAGCUGAGGUUCCGCCUCCAGAACAGGAAAGGGUGGAAUCAAAUGCUUGACGAGACGUUUCUACUGCAGAACAAGAGGAUACAUGACAUCCCACUCUUCUUUGCGGCGAAAGAGAAUGAUGUCGGCUCAAUAAAGAAGCUGCUGAAGUGUCCAUCCACGGACAUCUUUGAAAGAGGGGCACUGGGAGAGACUGCCUUACAUGUGGCAGCACUCAGUGACAAUGUGGAGGCAGCUGUGUGUUUGAUGGAUGGAGCUCCAGAACUCAUAAACGAGCCCAUGAAUUCUGACCUGUACCAGGGAAUGACUGCUCUUCACAUCGCUGUGGUGAACCAGAACGUAAACCUGGUCCGUGAGCUGAUCGUCAGAGGGGGCGAUGUCGCCACCCCCAGGGUCACAGGACUGUACUUCCGGAAAAGGAGAGGCGGCCUGCUCUACUAUGGGGAGCAUAUCUUGUCCUUUGCCAGCUGUAUGGGGAAUGAGGAGAUUGUCUCCAUGCUGAUUGAUGCCGGAGCGAACAUCAGGGCACAGGACUAUCUGGGCAACACUGUCCUGCACAUCCUGGUUCUGCAGCCAAAUAAAACCAUUGCAUGUCAGACACUGGACCUGCUCCUGGCCCGGGAUGCAGAGAUGGACCUAUCGGUGCCACUCGACAGGCUGCCAAACUACCGCGGGCUCACCACCUUCAAACUGGCAGCCAAGGAGGGCAAUGUGGUGGUGUUCCAGCACUUGGUGAACCGGAGGCGGAUCGUGCAGUGGAGCUUGGGGCCUCUAACCUCCAACCUCUACGACAUGACUGAGAUUGAUUCCUGGGCUGACGACCUCUCUGUGCUCGAGCUCAUCGUGGGCAGCCAGAAGAAAGAGGCUAGACGGCUGCUGGAUGUGACUCCAAUCAGGCAGCUGGUCAGUCUCAAGUGGAAUCUGUAUGGGAAGCACUAUUUUAGGUUGUUGUUGCUGUUGUACCUCCUAUAUAUCGGAAUAUUCACACUAUGUUGUGUAUACCGCCCCCUGAAGGAUGCCCCAGAGAAUUACACUAUAUCUGAACAUGAUGCUACAAUCCGCAUACAGAAAACUCUGGAGGAAAGCUAUGUGACCUAUGAGGACCACUUGCGUCUCGUGGGUGAAAUCAUCAGUGUCCUGGGUGCUCUGGUUAUUCUGCUGCUGGAGAUUCCUGAUAUUUUGAGAGUUGGAGCCAAGCGAUAUUUUGGGCAGACUGCCCUUGGGGGUCCCUUCCAUGUAAUCCUGAUCAGCUACGCGUGCUUGGUGGUGCUGCUGUGCGUGCUACGGGUGAGCGGCAUGCCUGGCGAGAUGGUCCUGAUGGCGGUAUGUCUGGUCCUGGGCUGGUGCAACGUCAUGUACUUCGCCCGCGGCUUUCAGAUGCUGGGGCCCUAUGUCAUCAUGAUACAGAAGAUUAUAUUCGGAGACCUCACUAAGUUUAUUUGGCUGAGUAUCAUCGUGCUGGUUGGAUUUGCCACUGCUCUGUGGAUGGUGUACAUGACCCAGGACCCCGAGGCUCUCCCCCCCUACCGUUCGUUUCCCAUCACCCUCUUCUCUCAGUUCGAGCUGAGCGUGGGGCUGGUGGACCUUCCUGUGGACCACUCCCUGAUCACGCCGCCCAUCGUCCACGUGCUGCACUGCUCCUUCUCCGUGGUGUCCUACAUCCUGCUCCUCAACCUGCUCAUCGCCAUGAUGAGCGACACACACUGGAGGGUGGCCCAGGAAAGAGACGAGCUCUGGAGGACACAGGUAGUGGCUACCACCUUGAUGCUGGAAAGAAGAUUACCACGAUGCCUGUGGCCGAGACUCGGGGUGUGUGGGCUUCUGUACGGCCUGGGAGAAUGCUGGUACCUCAGAGUAGAGGAUCGCAAUGACCAGUCAGUACAAAAGAUCCGUCGCUAUGUCAACGCUUUUUCCAAGGAAGAUGACCUAGCUCAGGAAGAAGAGACUGAGAAAAGUGACAUUGCCCACAGCCCUGCUGCUGGCAUCCCACUGAGGAGACACCUGGAGAGAACCAGGGCAAACUACAAGCGGAAAUCUCUGAGAGGCUGGCAGGUGAUUCGCAGAAGCACUCUGGGCCUAGGGGCAGAAAGGGAAGGCCAUACGGACAAACAGGAAGUUGAGUUUGUCUGAGACUCAUCAUACCACACCUGCGUGGUAAAGCUUCACAAUUACUUGGUGAUGUGCAAUAAAUGGAUGCAGUAUUGUGUGACUUUAUUCAUAAUAUGUGGGGAAAGAAUUGUAUUGUAAAUGUUUUUUUUUUCCAUUUGUGUUGGUGUCCAUGGGUUGACAUAUAAAAUGAAUAGUGUGCCCCAGUACGCAGUAAAAGCUCAGGUAUCUUAACUCAUAUUUGAGAAUAAUCAGACCAAAUUUCUUCUCCGUCACUUUAUUUAUGAAAAAAAUGAUUGUAUUAUUAAGCUCAAACAUUUUGUUAAUGUAGUUUCACCAGGUACAUCAGCAAGACAUUUAUUUUAAAGAAAACAUAUUCUUUAUAACAAGCAAAAUAUGCAUGAUAUUUUUUCACUGUUUAGUGCAAAACAUUCAGAAUAUAAUAAAAAGCACAACAAAA